UAUUAUAACCGAAACACUAAAGUGGUGACCUCGACUGAAGAUGGAAUCCAACGCCAAGGGCAAAGAAACACUGAAAACAGAAAACAAGAUCAACGCGAUCGACAUUAAUCUACUACUAUAGGUACUUUUGAAGAAGGUGACAACUAUGGCCGUACUGAAAUCCCGGUAUGUAAUGUUGUUUUUUUAUUUUAUAACGCAAUUUCUCUAUCGGUCGUACGGUGACCAGACAAAAGAAUUCGAGAAGUCGGUAAACACAUUGUUAAGCAUACAGAGUUUGGCUACCGGUUACCCGGUUAUUCAAAAAGAUCCAUACGAUCGUCAGAGUUUGAACAGCUGGUCCCUCGGAGAUUUGCAGAGAAAAAUAGACGAAUUAAACAACCGACGGGAAUGCGGAUACCUUUACAGCACUCAGUUGCAUUUGAAAUUGACCAGAGACGUGAUAUUAAUGAACGCCAAUAAGGCUGUCGCGUCUGAGACGAUCGAGGAUUUUCAGUUCGAAAAAGAAGCGCUCCUGAUGAUCGAUUCGUUGUUGGAUCUGAAACCCGACCGGUUAGGCGACUUCUGGUUACUUUUCGAAUACACCCUUAAGAUGCGCACGUUCUUGUGGUAUAUCAUCAGAGGCGGUACGUGGGCGGUGAAGGCUGAAUAUAUUGACGAAAAAUCAAAGAAGGACGGCCACGUGGAAUUGAUAAUAAACAAACGCAUCGACGACAACGGAUGUGCACCCGACAACUAUUUCAAUAUGGAAUUCGAUAAGUGUUUACGCUUGCCAUUAGAAGACGAACGACCGGCUGGGCAAAACGAAGACGAUUUUUCAUUCCAAAACAUAACAGCUCAAUCGUCCAGUGAAACCAACGAAAGUGUGAUGAACGCAAUACGAAGGAACAAACAAUUACUGCACGUAAUCCUCGUCGAAAACCGGGCUAACCGACUACGGUGGUCCUCGACGACUGGCUCCUUGUGGCUAUUUCGCGACGAGAGAGCAUUUGAUCUGUUUUUUGGCGAAUUCUUGGCCGGCGAUUCGGGCCUUCCUGUAGUACGGUUUCCGGGAUUGGAUUAUGAAAAAAAUUUGACAGGAAUCGAUUCACUCGGAGGCUGCCAGAAUCGAGUAAUCGCCACGUUGAAACUGAUAAUGUUGCAAAUAACAUUGUCGUAUACGAAUCGACUCGGCGAAUCCGGCAACUUUUCAGCAGACCUUAAGAAGUUCAACGUUCAAAUCAUCGACCGGUUUCGGCGCUUAAUGGUAUUGAAAAAGGACGUGCAUUUCAGAAUACUCAACUACAAAUUGUCAUACCCUUACAAAAAUGUUGAAAAAUGUAAGUCAUGUCUCGACGAAUUUAUUGUUUGGUCGAUUGAUACGAUUACGACUAAUUAUGAUUUACCCAAAAAUAUCAAAGCGGCAGUGACCUAUAGUGUAAUGUCCUUAGGCGACGUUUUUAUAGUAGGCUUAAGUUUGGUCGAAAAAAUUCAAAAUGAGAUUGGCGAAAAUCCAAUCAGGAUGGUGCAAUCGUUUUUGAAUGAAAUCCGCAAACAUUAGUCAUUUCCUGACCUCUAUGUUAAGACUACAAGACAUGCCACUAAUGUUUCUUUUAUUAAAACUUUAUAACAUGUAACAUAUUUUAUAUAAUCUUAAAAAAAAUAAUUGUUCGUAGUACAA